AUGGCAACUUUGACUCAACCUCCCGCCCCAGUUCCAGGAUCUGAUAUUCCGACGUACAGCCAGGUCCCGGAGACUUCUUUUGAUCGUAAGCUCUUUGCGUCCUCCACUCAGCUCUACUGCAGAAUCCAAGAUCCUGUGGACUGGGCGGACCUCGCCACCUUGGAUCUGUCCCUGUUUGACCAGCCCGGUGGUAAAGAGCAGUUAGCCAAGCAGCUCUUUGAGGCUAUCCAGAACAUAGGCUUCUUUUAUAUUACCAACUUUGGCCUGUCGCAGGAAGAUGUUGACCGCCAAUUCUCUAUUGGUCAGGAGAUCUUCAAACUUCCAAUAGAGGAGAAACUUAAGUUUCGUGCGGAGCUUGAGAAGGGUGGUUACAAUGGUUACAAGCCAAUGGGUCUCCGGGAAAUCAGUCCGGGUGUUUAUGACAAGACAGAAAUUUACAACAUCCCGAAAUUCAUCCCAGCCCUCGAGCUUCCCCAACCGGACAUUGUGAACCAAAAUCGUCCCAUUAUCGAGGGCUUCGCACGCCAUAUUCAUGACCAAAUCGCGGCCAAACUUCUCACGCUCUUCGCCAUCAUCCUCGAGCUACCCGAGGACCAUUUCUUAAAUGUGCAUCGCUAUGACGAGAAGAGCGAUUGCCACCUACGGUAUAUGAAGUACCACCGACGUUCAGACGAAGAAAAUGAGAAGGCCGCCAAGAUUUGGUCGAAGGGUCAUACCGACUUUGGCAGCUUGACCUUGCUGUUCCGCCAACCCGUUGCUGCACUGCAGGUUCGCACCCCGGAGGGCGAGUGGAAGUGGGUCAAGCCGUAUCCUGGGAGCAUUACGGUUAAUCUUGCGGACUCCCUCCAUUUCCUCACCAACGGCUUCCUCAAGAGCAGCAUACAUCGUGUCGUUGCACCGCCGCCGGAUCAGAGGAACGUAGAUCGUCUGGGUGUUUUGUACUUUGUUCGACCGGAGGAUAGCCUCGAGCUGCGGCCUGUUGUGAGUGAAGUUUUGCAUCGGCUGGGAUAUGAUCAGACAACUGAUAACAGUGCGGUUGGUAUCACUGCUGGUGAGUGGGUGAAGGCGAGAGUCGCCAAGGGAGUUGACAAAGGUGUGGCUCGGAGUGAAGUUGGAGAUCAGCCUAUCAUUGGGGGCGUGGUAGCUAAAUAUUACGAUUAA